AUGAAGAAUGAUAUGUUUCUUACUUUUCACAAGGCUAGGAGUAGAUAUUUGAGUAGCUACAAAGAUGAGAUUCAUCCAUUUUGUUCGUUGCAUCGGCUUGCGUACGCUAUCGGGAUGACAUACAAUGAAUUACCGGAUGUUUUUGUGGAAUUGACGGAACAAAAGGUAAGAGAAAUUCAGAAAAGCGUAAAGGAUGGAACAUACACCCUGUCGCCGCUUCUCCUUCGCGCCUUCGCCAGAAAGGGAGACCAAAAGCCUGGGUUCUUCCACACCUUUCCAGCCAAGGAUGAGUCAAAUCUCUAUUUGGGCAUCAAUCCUACACUAGAAGACAGCCUUGUGCUAACGGCGCUCGGGCGUAUGUUAAACCUUCAUUUUCUCAGGGUAAACCUUUUCACUGAUAAAUCCUUUGGUUUGCGAACAACACCAAAUGCAUUUUAUAGUACAGUAUGCGCGAGAGGCAAGGUCUUAAGGCUUUAUAAAUGCGACCUAACAAUCUCCCUGAGGACAAUAAAUCGAGAGAGUCUUUUGUUGAACCUGUCACAUAUAGUGAAGGAUGGGGCUAUUAUUGAAUUCGUCGACAAAUUCCUGUCCGUGCCAAUCUUGGAUCAAAGUGGAAGAGACUUCACUGCCGAGAUGGGAUGUAGUAUCCCAACCGUGGGACUUCUAACACAUGUACUACUCAAUUUUGCCUUAACCGAGUUCGAUAAGGAGUUUCAGCGUGCAUUUCCUGGGGUAGACUAUAGUAGGUAUAUACAUGAAGUUUUUCUUUCUUGCCCCAAGAUAAGCACAUCUAAUACUUGUUCAAGUAAGCAAGGAAAGACCUUGGAAAGCGAGGCAAUGCAAUUGUCGUUGGAAAGCGAGGCAAUGCAAUUGUCGUUCUUCGACGAACAACAAGUACUCAGCUUAUUGGACCAACUCCAUUUGGCUGGUAAAAUCCUUUCUAUUGGACCGGGAGACGCACCUGUGCCUUGUUAUGGCGGUCUAGUUUGUGUCAGCCAAGACGGCAAAAUCAAAGUGAAGGAAAAGAUCUUAGAUUAG